AGGCGCGGCGCUUGGCCAAGCGCUCCAGCAUGGGCAGCCGGCGGCUGAGCGCCGGGCCGGUCGCCGCGCAGGCGGACGCGGGCAGGCUCCCGAAGCCCGAGAGCGCCUGGAGGCCGCCCCGGCGGGAGGGCUCUGCUGUUGCCCUGGAGGAGGAGGACGAAGACGAGGAUGUGGUGGUGGAGGUAGAGGAGGAGGAGGAGGAAGAAGAGGGCGGCCUGGGGAGUCCCCCCCCAGUGGUGACCGGACACGGCAAGGGUCCCCUCCGCGGGAGCCUCAAGGCAGCCAGCAUCAAGCGUGAAAUGACCUUUCCUGCAUUUCAACAGGAAGAUGUAAAAUAUGACGUCGGUCAAAAACUGCCAGACCAACAGUUUCUCCUGUUCACCACAAAGGAGGAAGAUUUAAAAACAGCAGAGACCAAAAAACCAAACAGAGCUCAUGAGUAUGAGAAGGAAAACACUCGUUCUGUUUGCCUUCUGGAACAGAAGCGCAAGGUUGUUUCUUCAAAUAUUGAUGUGCCUCCAGCAAGAAAAUCACCUGAAGAACUGGACAUGGAUAAAGUAACAGCAGCCAUGGUACUCACCAGUUUAUCCACCAGCCCCUUGGUCCGCAGCCCUCCUGUCCGACCCAAUGAAUCCAUAAAUGGAUCUUGGAAGGAAGGAGGAUUUGUGCCUUCUAGUACCAGCAGCAGUGGAUACUGGAGCUGGAAUGCUCCCAGUGACCAGUCCAACCCAUCCACCCCAUCUCCACCUCUGUCAGCUGAUAGCUUCAAAGCUUUUCGGACACCUUCCCAGGCAGAUGAUGGUAUUGACGAAGCCGAAACAAGCAACCUUCUCUUUGAUGAACCCAUUCCUAGGAAGAGAAAGAACUCCAUGAAGGUGAUGUUCAAAUGCCUGUGGAAAAACUGUGGGAAGGUACUGAGCACAGCUGCAGGGAUUCAGAAACACAUACGGACCAUUCACCUUGGACGUGUAGGAGAGUCUGACUACAGUGAUGGAGAGGAGGAUUUUUACUACACAGAAAUCAGGCUCAAUACGGACUCAGUAGCUGAUGGCUUAAGCAGUCUUUCCCCAGUCUCUCCAUCUUUAGCAUCUCCUCCUGCCUUUCCCACCCAAGAUGCAAUCCAUCCCGAAACUUCCUGUGCCAAAACCGAGACUAAAUUGAUGACACCUCUGAGCCGCUCAGCUCCUACCAACCUCUACCUCGUACACACGGACCAUGCUUACCAGGCCACUCCUCCAGUGAACAUUCCAGGGUCAGCAAAAUUCACUCCCAAUGGCAGUAGCUUUAGCAUCUCUUGGCAGUCGCCUCCAGUUACCUUCACCGGCAUUCCAGUCUCACCAACUCAUAAUCGUCCUGCAGGGAGUGGAGAGCAGAAGCAGUCCCACACAGUUCUUUCAUCGCCGCCUAGGGUAGCAUUUGGCUUGAGGAAACCUAGAGGGGAGGGGAAGAAGUGUCGGAAGGUCUAUGGGAUGGAGAACAGAGAUAUGUGGUGUACUGCCUGCCGAUGGAAGAAGGCCUGCCAAAGGUUCAUUGACUAAAGAUUGAAAUUGUGCAGAGGAUUUUGGGAUGGGGAGGACAACCGCAGAACCAGAUUGCUCAGCUGCACUGUAUCACUUCCCGGUUUUCCCUCCAGUGAUGUGGUAUUGGAGGUUUUGUUUUCUCGGGGUGUUUUUUUUAAAAAGAGCUUUGUAUUUCAAAGUGAAGCACUUGUAGCCAAGGAAGAGCACUAAGCAAAACCUGUGUGGAGCAAUAGAGAAAAAAACCCAAGAGCAUACAGCAGAAAUCUGUCUAAGUAUGGAAACCAGAGCAGCUAUUAGUGUUUUUCUGUAAAAGAAAGGAAAAAGUUAAUUUUUUGCUAACUCUGUGAGCUAUUUGCUCCCUAAGAUCAUUUUUAACCAUUUCAGUCUCUGUGCCGUGAACGUCUGUAUUUGCUAAACUGAACGCUUUUUCUUUUCCUGAAACAAAGAUCUCUUUUUGAAAGCUUUCUAAUAAACACUUCAGAGUCCUAUAAGCUACAGUUUUCUUAGCAAAAGCUGUACUAAGACUGGAGACUGCUAAAUAAUUCUCCUGAUACAAAUGAUCAUGAUUAUAUUCUAUUUUUGGAAAGGGCAUGUGGGGAGGAGUUGGGAUUUUCAUUUGUUUGUUCAUGGAAGCCAAGCAAAGUCUGAAUUCGCAAGAAGGACAAGCAGUGCUCCUGGAAGAUUCUUAAACCAGGCACAGAUCAGUGGAGUGGAACGAAGUAAUUUAAGUACCAAAUUGGAUUUUGAUACUCUAGAGGAAGAAAAGCAGCAAUGGAAAGUCACCAGCAGAUACUGUCACAACAAGAAGUUGAGGGAAGAAAUCCAGGGAUGCUUGCUUGAAACCUGUAAAAAUAAAAUGGCGGUUCAGGAGCUUGUCUUGCUGCUCCCCCAUUCCUGAGGGAGGAUGAAGAGUUGGACCAGCGCGCCUGUUGCUGCAGGAGGCCUAUAAAGAACUGGUAAAUGCAGCCACUAAGAUUGUAUGUAAUACCUAUUCAGGGACAUGAUCCAGCCCAGCCAUUCUGCUGUUUGCUUCCUUUUCUCUUAUUUGAGAGAUUGUUGUUAAGAUAAGGUUUGCUCAGCUUUUUUUUUUCACCUUACUAUAUAGUUUCUAAGAUUUAUUUGACACAAAAAGUGGGUAGAGAAAAGAAAAUGCUCCCUUUCCACAACAUCAUCUCAGAAAUAGAAGUUCAGCAGCAAAGGAAUGCCGUAUUUAUGGUAAAAGUCCAUUUCUUAACUAAUCUUGAUACACUAAUUAACAAGUUUCUGUACUUGCAGGGCUUGGAUAGAUUUGGGUACUUCAGUUUCUUUGUCCGUGAAGACAGACAAUUGUCUAAGAUGUCUGUAAGGGGACUCGAAGUAUCUAACAGCUCUCUAAAAUCUAGUCCAGAGUUGACUUGAUAGCUUUAUGAAGUGUGCAUUGCUGCUUAUGCCUAUGUAAAAGCACAGAACAGCAAUGCAGUUGUUUAGAAUAUACACUAUGAAUUCAGUAAAGCAGUACUGAGAAGUAAAAUCUAUAAUAGGAGCUACUGAAGGUUAUCAUCUGAUUUUCUUUGAACAAGUUAAUUGGGCAAUCAAAUGCCUCAUUUGAGCAGGCUAUUGCUGCAGUUGUUCACAAAUUGUGUGAUUUACAUGCACAAGUGGCAAGACACACUUGCAUACACCCAAUUACUUGAUUUUUUGCCCAAUGUGUUCUCUAAGUCAUUAAAGAAAGAAAAAUAAGACUCUGGAAUCUAGUAAGACCUUGAUAUAUGUACACACGUGUGUGUAUGAAUAUAUAUCUAUAUGAAACUAUAUGUUAUGUAGUUACAUAUAUAUAUAUAUAUAUAUAAAUCUGGGAUCAGCAGGGAGGAGAAAGGUUGUUUUCUUUAUAAAUAUAAAACCCAAGACACUAAAGGUCAGUGGGUAUGUACAGCCACUGUAUUAUCUUCUUUACUCUUAGUAAAAUGUUGGUCAUGGUA